AUGUUUGUGUGUGGGAUGAAGUUCCAAUCAGUCACCGUUACUCCAUCGAAGCUCACGCUCCAGGACUUGAUGAAAAACACAGCCAUCGUGGGAGGCAACAUUUUUUUGCUGUCAGGGGACUUUCGCCAGAUCGGAACCGUUAUCAAAUACGGAGGACCCGCUGAAAUCAUUGACGCCUCCCUCAUUCCAAGCCUGCUGUGGUCGUCGGACGCAUUUGUCAUUGACAACACUGACUCCUUCGAAGUUCUCAUCCACUUUGUGUAUCCAGACAUUCUAGAUGCAGACCCGACCUCAUUCAAGACACGCGCAACCAUGUCGUCCACAAAUGACACCAUCGACCCCCUCAAUGAACACGUCCUGGACAUUCUGCCAGGGGAUCUCACAGCAUACAGUUGUGACAACGUCGACCAGUAUGCUAAUGAUGAGUUAGAUUUCGUCACGUCCGCUGAUCUAAACACCUUCAAUAUAGCCGACUCUGCUCUGUCCUCGCCCCCAUUACCGCCACACUACGCGCAAUUCAUCGGUUUUACACUUGAAGGCGUCUCCAACGGCACCCACGCCGAUCAAGACGUCCAGACGCAGCCACGCCACCCCAACCAACAUGUAGACGGGGGGAUUGAAGCUGAAGGAACGCCCAUCCGAGCAAAACGACGCCAUCCCCACCAAAACGCUGACGGGGAAUGGAUUGAAGCUAAGGGGUCGCGCACUUGACGUCGCCACUACAAGCGACGAAUGGUUUUGUGGCGUCGCGUGUUCAACAGUUGACGUCAUGUUGGAUCUAUGGCGUGGUGACUCCAAUAAUGUUGCGCGGGUAUUCAGCAGUUGAAUAAAUGUUCGAUCCGUGUGGCGGUUCUGUGGCGUUGUCAUGUGUCAUGUUCGAGCUUUUGCGGUGUAGUUACCCCAUACUGGCGGGUUCCUUAGCGAAUUGUCGAAAUAUUGUGUCGUCGUUUGUCCAGCUGUUCAUUUAGUGUUCGACACGUAUCGCGGUUCUGUGGCGUGGUUCCUCUAUGACAGAUGUCGUGUUUAAACUUUUGCGGUGUAGUUACCAAGUUUUUGGCUUUGUUUUUCUGUGGAAGGUGGUGUGGUUUACCGAGUAUUGCCUUUGGGUCUGGUUUGUGCCGUGUCCUC